GCCCCCGCCGCGGACCCGGAAGUCCGCCCCGCGCCUGUGCCCGCGUCCCGCCGCCGGGAUGGGGCCGCUCCGCGGGCUGCAGCUGUGGGCGCUGCUGGCGCUGCUGCGGCCGCCGGGGGCUCGGCCCGCGGGCCCCAUCCGGGCCUUCGUGGUUCCCCACAGCCACAUGGACGUGGGCUGGGUCUACACGGUCCAGGAGAGCAUGCGGGCGUACGCAGCCAACGUCUACAGCUCCGUGGUGGCAGAGCUGGCUCGCGGCAGGCAGCGCCGCUUCAUCGCUGUGGAGCAGGAAUUCUUCCGGCUGUGGUGGGGGGACGUCGCCUCGGAGCAGCAGAAGCGCCAGGUCCGCCAGCUCCUGGCUAAGGGACAACUGGAGUUCGUCCUCGGAGGCCAGGUCAUGCACGAUGAAGCUGUGACCCACUUUGACGACCAGAUCCUACAGCUCACAGAAGGACACGGGUUUCUUUAUGAGACGUUCGGGAUCCGGCCACAGUUUUCCUGGCAUGUUGACCCCUUUGGCGCCUCCGCCACGACCCCCACCCUCUUCGCCCUGGCGGGCUUCGAUGCCCACCUCAUCUCGCGGAUCGACUACGACCUCAAGGAGACCCUGCAGGAGUCCCAGGGGCUGCAGUUCGUGUGGCGAGGGUCCCCGUCCCUGUCGGAGCAGCAGGAAAUCUUCACGCACGUCAUGGACCAGUACAGCUAUUGCACCCCCUCCCAUAUCCCUUUCUCCAACAGGUCAGGGUUUUACUGGAAUGGCGUGGCCGUCUUUCCAGAGCCUCCCCGGGAUGGGGUGUACCCCAACAUGAGUGAGCCCGUCACCCCAGCCAACAUCGACCUCUAUGCAGAGGCCUUGGCAGCCAACGUGAAGCAGCGGGCCGCCUGGUUCCGGACGCCCCACGUCCUCUGGCCCUGGGGGUGCGACAAGCAGUUCUUCAACGCCUCGGUGCAGUUCGCCAACAUGGACCCACUGCUGGAGCACAUCAACAGCCGUGCCGGCGAGCUCGGCGUCUCGGUGCAGUACGCCACGCUGGGUGACUACUUCCGUGCCCUGCACACCCUCAAUGUCACCUGGCACGUCCGUGACCACCACGACUUCCUGCCCUAUUCCACAGAACCGUUCCAGGCCUGGACGGGCUUCUACACAUCCCGCAGCACGCUCAAGGGGCUGGCGAGGCGGGCCAGUGCCCUGCUGUACGCCGGGGAGUCCAUGUUCACACGCUUCAUGUGGCCGGCCCCCCACGGAGCCCUGGACCCCUCCUGGGCCCUGCAGCAACUGCAGCAGCUCCGCUGGGCUGUGUCUGAGGUCCAGCACCACGACGCCAUCACUGGCACCGAGUCCCCCAAGGUGAGAGACAUGUACGUGGAGCACUUGGCCACGGGGAUGCGGGGCGUGCACAAGCUGAUGGCUGCCAUCGUCCUGGACAGGCUGGGGCCCGCGGCUGGGGUGUGGCAGGAGGCUGCAGGCUCAGGUGCGGAGCCUGGGGGACACUUGGCUGUGGUCUACAACCCGCUGGCCUGGACGGUCACCACCAUCGUCACCCUGACCGUCGGCUUCCCCAGAGUCAGUGUCACAGACGAGCUGGGCCACCCCGUGCCCUCCCAGGUCCAGAACUCAACUGAGACCCCGUCUGCAUACGACCUGCUCAUCCUGACCACAGUCCCGGGCCUCAGCUACCGGCACUACAGCAUCAGGCCCAGCCUGGGGACCCAGGAGGACAUGGGACAGCUGGCUGCCACUGUGGCUACCACCCUCCAAUUUGGCCGCAGACUUAGGAGACAGGCCAGGCGAGGGGGCUGGCACCUGGUGCCCGUGGAGAAUGACUGCUACACUGUGCUCCUGGACAAGGACACAAACCUGAUGCGCAGCAUCUGGGACAGACAGAGUAACCGAACAGUACAGGUGACCCAGGAGUUCCUGGAAUACCACGUCAAUGGUGACUGGAAACGGGGCCCCAUUUCUGACAACUACAUGUUCGCGCCCAGCGGGGCAGCAGUGCCAGCCUGGGAAGCUGUGGGGAUGGAGAUCGUGGCUGGAAAGCUUGUGACCGAGAUCCGGCAGUACUUCUACAGGAAUGCAACAGCCAAGGACUACACCUACGCGAUCCACUCCCGGCUCGCCCACGUGCCGCGGGGCCCUGGCGGGGAGUUGCUUUGCCGUCGGAUAGAGCAGGAAUACCGAGUGGGGCCCCUGGAGCUGAACCGCGAGGCCGUCCUGAGGACCAGCACCGAUCUCGACAGCCAGCAGGUCCUCUACUCGGACAACAACGGGUACCAGCUGCAGCGGAGGCCCCACCAGGCCUACAAGAACAACAGCAUUGCUCGGAACUACUACCCCAUGGUCCAGUCGGCCUUCAUUGAGGACAGCAGAAGCAGGCUGGUGCUGCUUUCGGAGCGGGCCCACGGCGUCUCCAGCCAGGGCAACGGGCAGGUGGAGGUCAUGCUCCACCGGCGGCUGUGGAACAACCUCGAGUGGGACCUGGGCUACAACCUCACGCUCAACGACACCUCGAUUGUCUACCCCGUGCUCUGGCUCGUCCUGGGGCCCCCGCCCAUCACGGCCGCCCUGCGCCAGAGGAGCGGGCUGGCGCUGCAGCAUAGGCCUGUAGUGCUAUUUGGAUGGCUGGCUGGAAUAUCCCCAAAGCCCCCAGGACCUCAGCAGCAAGAUGCCGUGACGCUGCCCCCAAAUCUCCACCUGCAGACCCUCAGCAUCCCCGGCUGGAACUACAGCUCAAACCACACGCAGCACGUACAAGCUCUCCAGAAAGCUGACCCUGAUCAAGCUGGCAUCUGCAGCCGAGAUGGCCUCCUAACGCUGCACCCAGGCCGCAGACCAGCAUCCCCGCCUGCCAAAGACGACACCAGAACGGGCACCACCACAGUGAGGCUGGCUGUGUGGGGCAGGAAGAAGUAGGACCCAAGGCCACGUAUGUGAUGUGGUGAUGAGACUAUUGCAUCAUUCCGGAUGGCUGGGUUGUGCUGCCAUAACAGGCCACCCCAAACCCUCACUGUCUGGACACAGUGUAAGUUUCCUUCUCCCCAGUGGGGGAGCAGGAGGGCCCUUCUCACAGCUCCCCAGGGACCAGGCUGAGGUGGCCCCAUUGCAACACGUGUGUCCUCGGCCACCAAGACGGGUCCCAUCUGCUCAGGGCAGGGCAGGAGAAAGCAGGGAUCCCCAAGGCCUGCUGAGGACCAGCUCGAUGGCACUGGCCCUGAGUGGCAUGUGCAAGGCUUUGGGGUCAGCGACAGGGUUGGAAGCUGCCCUCUGCUACAUGACGGCCGUGGGGGCUUGUCAAGCCGCUGUGUGUGUCCACGCCUCGGGUCUGGCAGGAGACCAGGCCAGCCUCCUCACAGGGAGCGAGAAUACAAGAUAGAGUCGUGCCUGGAGCACUGACCCGGGCCCAGGGUGCUGCAGUGGGUGGGGUCCUCACCGCC